AGCAAGCAAGAUUCGUCAUCUUUUGCCUGACACAAAGUGAUUUUGAUUUGCAAGGAGGCAGAACAAAAGGUUGUAGACUUUAACAAAGCGCUUGAUUGGAGACAUGUAUAUAGCCCUCGGCACAAAGCGACGUGUUUGUCACAGCAUCAGCCGACCGCCAGCCAAGAUUUGUCUGCCAUGGCCGUUACAUUGAUCGAAUUGGUGACGUCACUCACUGGCUGAACUGGUGUCGGUCGUUUUCCUCCCUUCGGAACGACUUCGUCACUCUCCGCCGGAGAACGAGCGGCGCGUCGCACGCGUACAUAAUCGUGACGCAUCGAGUGACAUCAUGUCAUUGUUUCCCAUGCGAGGCCAUCAAAACACUCGAUGACUUCACGUACCCACGCCACCCCUUUGCCCACCGCGUGGACAACCACAGUAGGUUAAUUCAUCCUUAUCUCACCAUCGCCACUUUUUUCUGGUUACUUUGACGUCUCGCUAUCUCGGACUUGUUUUUACCUGAGAACACAGGUGUGCCUAGUCGCAGCGGGGACUGUUUGCCAGCGACAGGUAAAAGCACAGUAGUGGACUCCACGCCUGACAGCUAUAGAGUAAACAGCUUGUGUGUGUGUGGCGUCGAUUUUUUGUGUGUCAGUGACGAAGCUGAUAUUUUUAUAUAUUAAUGUCGUGAUUUCCUGUGAAGUCGUUCGUGUGCUGGUGAAAAAUUCGAUCUCAAAGUGAAUAGCUGUACUUACCAACUGGAAAUUUCGAAAUAUACUGGGAUCGAGUGACCAAGACCUCGCAAAACAGAUUUAAGCUCAUAUCUUGCUGGAAGACUUAUUAAUAUUAACAGCCGUGGUGGUGGUGGAAGAUGAAAACAACACUGGAUUUUCUAUUGUGGUUAAUAAUGAUUGAAGAUAACGACAAAUUAAUACAUCUGUGACGUUGAUGAAGCCUCUAAUAAAAUUGUGUCAGGGAUACAGCUGAACACAGCUGCAUAAUGAAUGAAGAUGUUACGGUAGAGUUCGGCAGGCUUUGUAUGAAGGUGUGUCAGCAGAUGUUCUGUCGGCAACGUGUCCUGAGAAGUACGGUUUCUUUAACGUCCUCCUAAGUCGGCGUACGUCUUGUUUCUGAUGAGGGGCAGGUGUGACAAAGAUCUCACUGAUGAGCUUACGUGCCCAACAGCGACACUCAGGUGUAAUCCAUGUGAAAAUCUAUCCGUGUGCUGAAUAAUGAGUGAAGAAGAGGAAAAUUGUGAAUAUCAACAAACAACCGACGGUUCGUCGAGGAGUCUUAUUCUUGAUCAUCGCCAUGACCUUGACACGAGACCAGACGUGAGGAUUCUUGGAGAGAAUCUCGAUGAUGGCGAUCAGUCGGUGGACAGGGAUGAUGAUGAUGUGACUUACGAUGAUAAUUACGCUGAUGUCAGCGAUGAAGAGCAAGAAGACGAUGGAGAUGUGUACGCCCAGCUGGCAAGAAAAGAAAGGGACUUGCUGUUGGCAGCCCAGCUGGGUAAAGCUUUGCUGGAAGAGAACGAGGAGCUACGGCGUCAGAACAUGGCCCUGAGUCAGGAAUGCUCCCAGCGAAUGGAGGAAUGGCAGCAACAGAAGCACGAGCUUCAAAUGCAGUUAGCCCAACGCCAGUCAGAGUAUGAGAGCACCAUUAGGGACUUGAAUGAUGAUCUCACCAUUUUGCAAGAGCGUCUGGACAACCGUCAUCAUCAGGAAUGGGCUGGCAAUCACCAGCAUGCAUCCACCAUGCGACGUCUACAGCAGCACUGCGAGUACCUGAGUGAACAGCUUCAGCAGUCUCUGACCUCACAACAAACAUUAGAGUCAGAAGUACGAAGACUGAAGGAAACUGCUGAGUCCCAAAAUGCCCAGCUGUGUCAUCGUGACUCAUGUAUAGGACAGUUAGAAGGAGAAGUGUCAAUGCUACAAUAUAAAAACAAUGAAGCAGAGGUAGAAAUGAAAGCUGGGAAGGACCAGCGCACAUCACUGAUAGCAGAAUUAGAAGAGGCACAUGAGCGUAUAUUACUGCUAGAAAAACAAAGACGGGAAUUGGAAACACAGCUGCACCAAGUGAUGAAUGAACUACGUGAACUUCAAGAAACAAACAACAUGCUGCAAGCUGAGUUGGAUCGACUUAAUUCUAGACACCAUAAUGACAGUGGAAGUUCCCAGACAUUAUUCAGUGAACUUUACCAGUCAUCACAUAGUAGUUUGCUAGGUCCUGAGCAGUUUGGUCAGGAGAACAACUUAGACAGAAUAGCUAGCUUGUCAGCUGAGAUGUUAGAUGAAGAUAAUUUUGAGUACGAUGAAGAUUUUAUUACUGGUAUGAACCCAAACUACAGCAGUCCUAUCUAUGGCCAUGAACAUUUUGGUGGAAGUGUCUACAUGUCUGAGGGAGAAGUCAAUAUAUCAAGCCUGUCCUUGGACCCUGACAACAACAAAGAUAAUAAUAGGGAUGGUGAACAGGUGGAUGAUGAGAGAAAAGAGAACAGUGAUGAAGAAAAGUGUCAAAAAAUGCUUCCACACUCAGAAGUAUUUGAAGAGUCAACAACUUCGGGCGUACAUCCAGUUUUCACCCAAAACCUAAGCAGCGUGUAACCUUGACCUCUGAACUUGAAGAAUUCAUGCAAGAAAUGAGUAAGAUGUCAGAAGAAGAGGAAAGCCAUCUAGAACAGAAGGAUAGCAACUCGGGAACAGAUGACGAAGAUGAGGAAUGGCCAAUGUCUACCCUUCAACGUCAAGUGUCAGAAACAUGCCGGCACCUAAACCAUCAGCAUCUGACAAAUGUCCUACAAGAAUACCAAAUCGCUUGCAAGAUUACCAAGCUCGGAUGUCAGAACUGCAGAAGAUUUGUGAUGAACUGCAGGAUGCUGCCUGUGGACAGUUAUCAUCAGAUGAAGUCAUACGCCAAACACGGCAAGAGCGUGACAAUGCCAGGGAUAGGUGUGCACAGCUGGAGUUAGAUGUGACAACCUUGACCUCUCAGCUCAUUACUGUUGUUCACCAGAAGGUGGCGCUGUCACAGGAACUUGACCAGUGGCAGGUGGAUCUGAGUGAAGUACUCAAACUGCAGAUGGAAUGUCGUGUCUCAGAGCAGCACAGGGCAGAGCAGACCAUCGCUAUGUUGGAAAAGGGUCUUUCAAGCCACAGAAAGAGAGCUGAGACAGACCGCUUCAUAAACAAAAGAAACUGACUUGCCAGUCUAAUUCUGAGGUCAGCUGUUGAAGCUGCACAAGAGCAAGAAAUGGUCUUUCAGUCCACAGAGAGCUGAGACACACCACUUGAUAAACAAAAGAAACUGAUUUGCCCGUAUUAUUUUGAGGUCAGCUAUUCAAGCUGCACAAGAGAAAGUAAGAAUUCGUCUUGUCCUUUGAUAAAAAUAGACAUUGAGAUCAUGGAGCUGAUUCAGAGUUUUUUACUGCCAUCUUGUUAUUGCUGAGGGAAGAAAUUUUGAAAAAGAAAAGACUUCAUCUCCAAGAAGAUAACAUUGUAAUCUUGGUCCACCCCUCUCCCUCAACUCCCGGAGUGUUUUUCUUUUCAGAACUUCUAAACAUGCAAAGGCCUUCCAUUAUCAAGGUUAUUCUUUUACAUUGGUUGAUGCCCUUUAAAGGUUUUUGAUCUAUCUGCCAUAGACUGUGUUGAAGACAUUUGUCCCCACCACAUUUAUGGAGAAAACACAAAUGGAAUGACCAGUACAUAAAUACCUUUGGCCUAGUCAUUCCUUUCAAAUUCGUGACACCCUUCUAGUACAUGUCUACAGAACAUGAGUGUAGUAUUUGCAUUCUCUGGUGUCAUUGAGCUGCUUUAAGUGGUCUUGAUAAAAUUAUUCUGCUGGUAGAAGUAUGUUUGAAAAUGGUGGCAGUGUGAACAGGCUCUUCAUUGCUCAAGCUAAGAGAAGUGGCAAAAAGUGUUUUUACUCUGGAUGUGAUGAGACUUCGGAUUCUCUGUGACAAGCAGACAAUCAUUUAUUGCAAAGGCAUAUCAUGUGCAGACAUAUCAGGACUUUAAAUCAAACAUUAUCUUGGCUAGAGUAGUGCUCACUUAUUGUUAACUGUGUUUGUGGUGCCAACAGCAAGACAUCAUUUGUGUUGUGCCAAAAUGAAAACAUCAUGCCGGUGUGCUGUAUUUGUACAUGCUUUGCUUGUUGUUUUGACUUUGCAGUGCUUUAUGAUUAUUAGUCUAUGUAGUUACAUUUGUAUUCAAACUGGCUGCCUGCCUCAAAGUAUGAGAAGACUAAACAGAUCCAAAGUGCUAAUGUUGCAAAACUGAGGAAAUUUGAUGUCUGAUGGAAAUAAUGUAUUAAUUAAAAUAUUUGUUCAGCUAACAGAAAAAUAUGAUAUUAAGCUUCAAAUGUUACUUGUGGAUUUUAGAUAUAUGUGUAGCUUUUACCUCCAUACCACCGAUCAUGCUCAUUUUCACUUAGAUAUUUAUUAUUAAAGUUAAAUUCAUAGUGGGCACUGAUCCCAUAAAAUAAUUCAAGUCACUGGGAAAUGUUCAAAAGUUGUUUAAAAGAGGUGAGUCUUAAGUUGCUGCUUGAAACUGCUUAAAAAGGCGGUCAGGCAGAGCAGUGAGAGUAAUGUUGCAAGCAUAGAGAUAGGCCUAGGCAAAAGUUGCUGGUCACCAGAGCAUGGUGUGAGGAAUAUGGAGCUGAAGCAUAUCAAACAUUAAAUGAAGUGUGCAGGAUGGUGUCGGGAUGAGGCAGGAAGGGAGGUAAUCAGAAGCACUGUGGGAGACAAAGCAAUGACAGUCCAGUUUGUAAUACAGUCGGUGAUAGUUAGCAAGUGAAGCUAGCAAAGCAGAGAAAGGUGAAAUGAUCAGUCUUUUGCACCUAGACCACCAGACAGGCAGUGUCAACAUAUUUUAUUAACCUACAACUGUUUUUUUUUGUAACACUUCUUGCAGGUUUUGUUACAUAUUUUUCCAGUGAUUGAUACCUUGUGCACUGGCUUUGAGGAUGAUCAUUUUCUCUGUUUACUACAUAUAGACCUGGAUCUCUCUCUUUGCUGGUGUAAACUCCAUGCAUAACUAUGCUUCAUUUCUAGAAAAAUGCACAUUACAUUAAUGCAGUUAGUUUCUAGUUGGAAACAUGAACACUACUGAAAUCUGUAGCAUUUGUAUGAUAUCUUUUUGCUUUCACUAUUUUUUUAUUCAGAUCUGUUAUAUUAAUGGAUUAUAUUAUAAUGGAUUUUAUUUGAGUAUCUUGAGUUUUAAACUCAAUGAAUGUAGCAAUCAUGUACUAUCAUCCCAACACUUACUGCUACUGAUGAAGUAAACGUAAGGAUAUGUUAUCCAUAAUAUGAACAUAAUAGCUGCUGAGACAGUGUAAUGGGUUGUAAAGUUGCAUUAGCCUUUAAUCUUUUGACAUUCCACUCAUAUGAUUACAGUAUAUCUUCAAAUUGAUGGUGCCUUUCUUUCAAGCAACUUUAGUGAAGAAUGAUGAAAGUCUCUUCAGUCACUUGGUGACUAUAGAUUGUCCAAUCCUCCAUUUAGGAAUCCCAUUGUAUAUGACCAGAUAAAUGCUUAGCUUUACUGUGCUUUUAACUGGGAAUAGUUUGGUGAUGGUUUUCAUUAUUCUGCACUUGGAAAACUUCACAUUGUUAAUGAUACAUAUACUUCUCAAUCAUGUUCUAGAAACCAAUCUGAUAUUAGAAUAUCAAUAGCUAAGGCUAAGAGGCUUUUACAUUUAUAGAAAGCUGCAGUAUAAUCCACAGCAAAGUGUCACUUCCCAACCAGUGUGUCAUUGGAAAAAUACAUAUAAAUAAUAUUGCUGUAUAAUAAUAGCUAAUAAUACAGUCUAGAAGUUUUUGUGCUCUAGAUCAGUAGACAAGUCAUAUUUUGAUAUCACUUUUGCAACUCAGGGUUCUUGUUAACUGCUGUCUCCUUGCAGUGCUGGUGGCAUGUGAUAGCAUAAGUGCACUAGAUUGCAUAGUCGCUGUGUUGGUAGCAUUGUAAUGUGACAGUGCAGAAAUGUGGGGAUGUGUUAUAAGUUGUAAUUUCCUUAUCUCUACUUGAGUUGACAUUUAUAAUUUUCUUGCUUUUUCUUCUGUAUUCACUGUAUACAAAUCAUUUUUUGCAGCACAUAUGCAUCCAACAGUAUUAGAGGAAUGUGGAAAUGAAAACAGCAUGGACUGAGUUUGAAAGUAUUGGCUGCUUCUUAGUUUAAUGUUUCAAAACAUAUGGUUCUGGUUUGGCACUCUUACCCAUAUUCUAGGGGGAUCCAGCAGUCAUACAUGGUCUGAUUUGAAAGCUUCUGUGCAGCAGAGAAAGGUACUGAAAAUUGCCCCACUGCUGAAAAUUCCAGAAAAUGAAAUACAAAAGAUUGCUUUUUUGGAAUAUAAAGGUCAUUGAAUGGCAAAGCAGGAUAAUUCAUGUGAUUAUAUUUUAUGAUAAACAAUAUUUUUAUUUUGCUGGUUUAAUUACUGCACUUUACAAUGCAGGAAACUCUUUCUUAUAGCUAUUUUCUGCCAAGAUACAUAUUGCUGCUUUCAGAAUGAUUAGAUUCAAGUGUUAUCAUAUUCAAUAUUCUAGAUUUUUUUUUUUAAAAAUGAGUAUCAGCUGUAGCAAAUUUUUGUGGUGGCCAGCAACUGGGCACUCUGCACAAAAUCUGCCAAAACUUCCAACUGGUACUAUAACCAGGACAAGAUUUUGUAAUGUGUGCACUCUGACUAUUCACUGUAUAACUAUAUUCACCACAAGAUGUGUUCUUUAAGACAGCUGCAGAAAAAUGGUGCUCGAAUGAAGACAUGGAAUCAGUGGAGUUGUGGAUAUUGAUAGAGAGUAAGCGUCAAGAUUGACAGAGACCAUUUUAAUAGUUUCAACAAUUUGUAAAUGUGUACUUUGUUGUUGUACUUCAUAAAAGAAAACAGUGUUUUGUUUUCUGUGAAACUGGUAUUAUUAUGUUUCAGUUACAGAUGUACUGCUCUCUUGAUGUGCUUUAGUCUAACUGGAGCAAUCUAACAUUAGAUUGCCUAAAAUGUCUGCUUCAUUUUCUGCACAGCUAAUAUUCCAAUAACAAAAAAUGCUAGACAUAUGGUACUGCUGCUACAUACAGGAUCACACUGUAUGCGGUCGACUACAACAUGUUGCUGUUGACAUUUGUAGUCCAUUUAGUGUUUGUGUAUGUCACAAUGUGCUAAGUUUUUUUAAGUGUGGGGGGGGUGUUGCUUUGUUGUUUUUUGUUUGCAGUACUCCGCCAACUUAGCUUGUUUUCUAAGAAGCUUUGUAAUUAGAUCUAUGCUACGAAGGAUCUCCUGUGAAUGAUCUCUUAUUUUGCAUCAGUGCCAUGCAAUUUGCUCUGUGUCUUGUAUACUAAAAUUCAUUUGCCAACAAAAAGUCUUUUGUUCUGAAUAUCUUCAACUAGCUGGGAGUAAAUAUGCAAUCUUGAGA